AAAUAACUGUCAAUUGUCGCGAAUGGGGCAAUCUCGGAGUGGCGCAAUCGCCGCCGUUUUGUCCGCGGACUAAAUGCACCCGCUUUUAUAUGUAAUAAUAAAUGAUACAGGUGCGCUAAGAGCUGCGUCAUACACACACGCGUAUAUGUAAUAUUACACGGCACGGGUACGUUCACUCGCGCGUCCAGCGAGCGCGCGCACCCGUACAACAAACGAAUUCAUACACCCGACUCGCUCUGAUACCUUCGCCCUGAUACCGUCACAGAUUCUUCCUCUCCUUCUGCUCCGUUGCAGCUCGCUUGUAACGCGAUCGCGACGAUAGCGGCCGAGAGGAAAAUGAAUUCCGACUCACCGAGGCGCGAACUGCCUUCUUUUCGCACUAAAUCAAAUCUCUCAGCGUAGCUUCCAGCGUGGCAUUACCUGUCUUUCCAUACAAUAGUGAAAAGAAAAGGAACGGGAGGAUUUUAAUAUCCUUUUGCGCAAAACGCAUCUCUAGUUCGUCUCUCCUCUUUUUUUUUUUUUCCCUUUCCUUUUCCUUAGAGAGCAAUGUCCUUCAGCUCGAGGACCACUGACCCAGAUAAGACACGCAUGAUCGCCUUCGACGGCGAAUCGUGUCUCCGUAGCUUCCGCUCGCCUGGCGCGCACGAUCAUGCGAGCAGGCACGGACGUCCAAUAAAUAACUCGCCGGUCAAGCGCCCGAGGAUGAAAUCAGAGUGAAAUGCUGCGGCGCGCCGCGCGGCGCAUAUCAAAACUCUUCCGAGCGGAGCGUAUUAUUCACGUGCGGAGCCAAUGUACAACGCGAUGCGUUACGAAUGCCGGUCAUAUCCUUCGAACAUGCAAUCGCGUAACUGCGACAACUACCUGCCUACCGCCAGGCGACUCGAGAAUUCGAGUUCGCCGUACUCGACUGCUCUCUCGCAUCUAAAACGGCGGAUAAUCGCGCGGCAACAAAGUAGGAAGAAAGUAACAUUGGGUAACGAUCUCAUCCGGCAAUGGUAAUGGUAUCCGAUCGGAGAUAAUGAACGCCAGAUCGGUUUACAGUAGCCGCUUCACUUUAUCCUGGUUCCUGUUCCUCGGCGCGCUACACGUUUUACUACUUUGGCGCGUCCUCGUGGUAAAUAAUGAAUAAUUCAUUAGUACUCAUCGAUCGAGUGUAGGUAGUUAUGUCAAGAGCGGUUUCGCGACAUUCCACGGAUUACGAUAGCGCGACGAAUAACUCACAUCUCCACGGCGGUUUAUUCGACACCGCGAAGUUAAUCAGACAUUUAAAUCGAUUGGGGGAGAGACACGUUCGAAUAAAGUAGUAAAAUAUAGAUUUUUAUUAUCGAGAUGUGGCACCGUCCAGAAAUAUCUUUUUCACACCUUUUACGUAAUGCGCAGCUAUGCGGUAAGCGUGUUGGUGCGAAGAAAGUGAAAAUUAUUCCAGUAUCACGGGAUGAUACGAUUUUUAUUAUUUGCAAAUUCUAGCGGUUUCCUAUUCUCGCUGAUCUCUAAAUACCUCAGUCUUUCGGUAAAAUGCAAAUGACAAAAAUUCAGCGACAAGUACAAGAUAUCCAUAACAUACUUUUAGCACUUGAUACGAUUAAUUGAGCAAAAAAACGAACAAAAAAAAUAUAUUUGACGUUUCAUUAAUUACUCCGCUUCUGAAUUUUGGCCGAUCUAAAUCCUGUGACCUGUAUUUCGCGGACGAAUCGCCGAUUGGAAUGCUAAACGUAAUCGAGGAAAAUCGCUUUUGAUUCCGACGGGAGAAAAUUCUCGGCGGGCCACGCACCGACGUCACGCAGUGUCAUCGGGCUAAACGGCUAAAUUGUUCCGCAAGGCGAUGAAUCUUCGUUUCGGAGCACUUUCCUUUUCUAGCCGUGUCGCACCUUUGGUCCGCGCGGGUCGCAAACGCGGGGCCGGCCGAGCGCGCCGAAGGAGGCGGCGCGGACGAUGAUGACAGCGAAGAGAAGAAACCCCCAUGAAGAGGCGCCGCGUAACGAUACGACGGCGUCCACCUUCCUGUGCCUUCCUUUUCCGUAGAGGUAUCCCCUCGGUGGCCUCUAUAAAAGUUCGGAAGAGGCUCGACCGCACGCCACACGCGUGAAAGCUCGCAAGUGAAACGCCCGCUCAGACGUUCCUCUUUUUCUACGUGACUUACAUUUCGGGAGUACUCUGUAUCCGACGCACGCGGGAGAAAUGCGGACCGCCGCAAGCACGAUUUUCGUGAUCGCCUGUUCGUCGGUCGCGCUGGUGCUCGCGAAACCGGCGCCGGAGCCGCCGGUGAGCUCGUACUUUCCGCCCUCCGGUGGCGGGGGCGGCGGGGGCAGCUAUGGACCGCCCGCGGCCAGUUAUGGACCGCCGCAGCAGAAUCCGGUGAUCCACAAGCACGUGUACGUCCACGUGCCGCCGCCGGAAGCGCCGGAGUACAGGCCGCCCAAGCACAUACCGCAGCCGCAGCCGCCGCAGAAGCACUACAAGAUCGUGUUCAUCAAAGCGCCGACACCGCCCACGCCGACCGCACCGCAAUUGCCGCCGCUACCGCAACCGGACGAGGAGAAGACGCUCAUCUACGUGCUGGUGAAGAAGCCGGAGGAAGCGCCCGAUGUCGUACUCCCGACGCAAGCGCCCACGCAGCCCAGCAAGCCCGAAGUCUACUUCAUCCGCUACAAGACUCAGAAGGAGACGCAAAGCGGCGAAUACGGCCCACCAGGGCAACAGCCGGGACAGCCCAUCGACAGUUACGGAGCACCACAUCCGGGUCCCAGUGGGCCGUAUUAGAUCGUCGAUUCGACCGUAUCCGAAACUCGGCAUCUUAGAGAUAGUUUCUUUUUUUUUUUCUCUACGAGAACUACUUCCCGAUCAUUUCGCAAUGACGUGUCGCGAGCGCGAAUCCAGCGAGUUUUCAUAAUCGUAGGAGGGAUGUAUAUAUUGCCAAUAUCUCGUAAGAUAGGCCGCAUGGUGUUAAAAGGUGCUUAAGAGGCGGACGCUUCGUGCUGCUAAGCCUACUCGUGAUGUCGAAGUGUUCUCGAACGACUGACCGAGUACACGCGGAGUCGGCUCUCUUAAAUGAAUAAUAUAAAAACAAAUCGCUUUAUAUCGAGACAUCGAUGUUUCUUUUUGUAUCUUUUUAAGAAAAUAAUCGUAAAUAUACAUUUUUUUUUAUAUCAAACAACACACUUCCAGUAUUAUUGAUCACCUCGUCGCCUUUCACUCUCCACUAAUUUUCGCUUCGCAGUCUUGCAAUCCGCGUCGAGCUUCACGCUAGUGAUACGGUAUGGAGUCAAACUUGUGAUCUAAAUCGCACCCCCCCCCGCUACUCUAACUACCUUAUCUUUUUACUUCGAAUAAUCAUCUAGCAAGUUUGAAAACUCUCGAAAAAGUGCCUAUUGCUCGCGCGUCACUAUCUGUCGCUUACAGUUCUUGCAGUUGCUACAACGAUAACGAUUCGAAGACGUUUCGGAACGUGAGAUGCCAAAGUAAGAUUUUUGCAGGUAUGCGAUAGAGCGCACUUAUUUAAAAUAUUUUGCGUUAGCAUUAAUUAAGUACAAGACGAAUGAUCAGCGAUUCUUAAAAACUGUCAUAAUUCGUGCGCUCGCGUUUAUCAACUAGAUAAAGGUAUCGCGUUA